UCACAUGUGUAGGCCACCAUUGGGCUAUUAGUUGAAUUUGAUGAAUUGGAGAUGGUCUUCAUCCUUCACAAGCAGAGAUAACUUGUGAUGAUACCAAACACCUGACAGUCUUCCUCCUUGAGAAAUAACAAUAAGUGAAGCUGUGAGGUGUGAGCUGCAGACCAACUGUCAGUCAGUUUCAUGACCCAUGUUUGAAGUUAAGCCUUUAGGUAAUCUGGCUUAGGUUCUUCCUUGUUCUUCAAAACUCUUCAUACUCAGACUGCGAUUUGGCGUAACUGAAGCCAUCAUAUCCUGCUACUGCUGCUAAAAUUCAUGUAAAAGAAAUGGAAAACAUGGCCAAACGAGGUGCAUCAAAAGAAUUAAACCAUGAGAAUUGGGCUGAGGAAGAAGAACCGGAAGAGAUGGGCACCUUCCGUAAAGCAUCAUCAGAGCAAAUGGUUGGACGACAAAUAAAAAAGGCACGCCGACGAGGAGGUGUUGUUGAAGACUCUUCAUCAUCUUCAGUGUUUAAAGGAUUUCCUUCAUUCGCUGGAUUUGGUGCAAACAAAGAAUCUAGUCAACCCUCUUUUAGUUUUCUAAGUAAGAUUCCUUCAAAUGAGCCACCAGCACGACCUAAAGAAGUUUUUUCUUCAUCUUUUUCUGAUACAAAGUCUCUGACUUCAACGUCUGGAAUAAAUUCCUCAGAUAACAAAUCACCCAUACAGCCAUUCCAAUUCUGCCAGCAAAAAUCAACCACCUUUCAAGAUAACAAAACAGCCAUACAGCCAAUUUUACCACGUACUGUUCCAAUAUCAGUAGAUUCUAGUAAAGUUAAUGGUGUUGGACCAACUAAAACAAUUGCUGAUUCAUCUGGCAAAGGUGGUAGUAAGAUUUUUCUGGCCCACCUGAAGGCCCUAAAUGAAGGUGUACUUCUUUGGGUCAAACAACAUCUCGAUAAGAAUUCACAUGUUAAUUUGUCACCAGUCUUUGACGACUACAAAAAGCACUUUGAGGAACUUUCUAGAAAAUAUCCUCCUGCAUCUGGAGGGGAAAGUGAUUCAGAGGUAGGAACAGCAAAUAGCUCCAAAAAGGAUGAAGCCAGCGGAAAAGAAAACAAGCCAUUAAUUUCACAACCGACAACCAAGGAGAGUGUUCCACCGAAAAAUUUUACUUUCAGUGGAUCCACUACCAGUACCUCCUCUAAUGGGAAAAGUCCAGACACUAAUAAAAUGCUUUUCACGUUUGGCUCGAGGGCAUCAACAGCAGGAACAGAGAAGACAGCUGGGGAUUUAGAGACAAAACCUUUAACAUACGGGGGAUUUGAUACUAGUAACAAAAAGGUAGAAAGUUCAAUAUUUGGUGGUUCAGUUAGUAAGAGUGGUAAGGGAUUUUCAUUUGGUGGUCUGACUCCUUCAGAAACAAGCUCAUCAACAUCCAGCGGUUUCAGUUUUCAAGGUAGUAGUACUCCUGCAGCUACUGGAGGCAGUGUUAGAAGUGAAGGAUUAGAUGAACCAAAUGAUGAGCCACCCAAAGUUGAAAUAAAUGAGGUGAAAGAGGAGGAUGCUCUCUAUGAAAAGAAGUGUAAAUUAUUCUAUAUGAAAGAUGAAGAAUAUGUAGAGAAGGGGAUAGGCACAUUGUUCCUCAAGCCUGCUGGAGAUAAGACUCAGCUAGUUAUAAGAGCCCUUACAAAUCUAGGUAAUAUCUUGCUCAAUAUUAUUCUUAAUGCUUCUAUUCCUGCCAUCAGAGCAGGUAAGAAUGGUGUGAUCAUUGCUUGUAUACCCAAUCCCCCUCUUGAUGGAAAGUCUAAAUCGACCGAGCCAGUCAAGAUGCUAAUACGUGUCAAGACUGGUGAAGAUGCCGAUAAGUUACUAGAAAAGAUUAACGAGCUCAAAAAGUAGGUUGUAGCUUGUGUAAAUACUGGCAUGAUGAGGUUUAAUGAUUUUUUCUUCUUUUUUCAUCAUAAGAAAAACUGCUUGUAAUGAAAGAUUUUUGGAAGGGUAGGCUGUAAUAGGCUUAUAGUCUCGACUGUCAUCUGUGUACUGUACUCAGAUCUGUAGGAACAGUAUCUGAAAAAUACAAUAUUCAGUAAUAAAAGACUACCUAAGUUUCCCUCUCCAGAAAUAUUAAUUUGUAUGGUUGUUUUUCUAAUGUUCAAUUUAUUUGUUUGUUUGUUUGUUUAUUUAUUUUUUUUAAAGCUACAUUCUUCACUGUACAAAAGAAUUUUUUCUUAACGUGGAGAUAUAAAAAGAAAAUAUAUGCUAAUAUAAGACUAUUGGCUAUUGGAAUUCAAUUCAUGAGGGGAAAAUAAUUUUGAAACGAAUAAGACUACGUAUACUGUAAUUAGUUAUACUGUACAGUAUAAAAUUUACCGUAUGAUGUUUAAUCAGUAUGAAUUUUUUAUCUAUGGAUAUGAAUUGAAGUAUUUAGGUUACUGUUUGAUAUUUUACAGUGAGUAAUACUUCAUGUAUUUGUUAUUUGGUUUGAAAUGAGCAACGUAUUUUGUUUCAGAUUUUUCUGAACCUACAAGUGGCAGUUAUUUUCAUAUAGCCACUCGUCAGUUUACAAAAUUAGUGCAGUACCUGUACAGUUAUGUCAGUUGAGACAUGAAUGGCAAGAUACAAUACAGUAGUUGUAUUUUGUUGUCAUACAACCUGAUACAUUACAGUACUGUAUUGGGGUUUACUUGACUGAAUAACUCCUUGUAUUUUGAUCCUUAUAUUAAAGAUUAUUUUAUUUGAAAUA